UCUCACUGCUUUUGUUCAGAGUUUUCAUUAAAUGUGGCUCGGAGCCUUUAUAUGUCCGUGCUGCUGCGGGAACAAUGGAUCCGAGCCAAGUACGAAAGGAAGGAAUUCCUGAGUGUGGAGAGGCAGGAGCCCUACUCGGCAGGCUACAGAGAGGGGUUUCUAUGGAAACGAGGCAGAGACAACGGACAGUACCUCAGCCGAAAAUUUAUUCUGUCUGAACGGGAAGGUGUUUUGAAGUACUUCAACAAGCAUGAUGCCAGAGAACCCAAAGCGAUAAUGAAGAUCAAUACUGUGAAUGCCACUUUUCAGCCAACAAAAAUCGGCACUGCCCACGGCCUGCAGAUUACCUAUUUGAAAGACAACAGCACAAGGAAUAUCUUUGUGUACCAUGAAGAUGGAAAGGAAAUGGUGGACUGGUUCAAUGCCAUAAGAGCAGCUAGGUUUCACUACCUGCAGGUGGCUUUUCCUGGAGCGUCUAACUCUGAUUUGUUGCCAAAGCUAACCAGAAACUACAUCAAGGAGGGUUACAUGGAGAAGACUGGUCCGAAGAUGUUUUAA